AUGUACCGAAUCGAAAAGAAAUCUUUUAAUUAUUCAUGCGUUAAAGUAAUUGAAGAAGUGAUAUUUGUUUGGAAUAAAGCAAGAAUACCGACAACGCGGAAGGAUAACGCAAUAAAUAAGUUUAAAAAGAUCUACAAUCAAUGGCUUAAUCUUUUUAAACAUAAAGAUAGAAUAACAGAGCUUCACCGUCAACAAGAAAGUGGGUUUCGUUUAAAGAUGGCUAAUCUUUUUGAUAUUAGUGAUGCUAAUGCUACAAAUAAAAUAAUUAUUGAUAAAGAUAGGCAAUUAUUACUGGCACAACGAGAGCCAGGAAGAAGUGGUUUUAUGUCUACAGAGGACGUUUUUACAACCAAAACAUAA